AAACGUCAAGAGACGGCGUUGGCGGCGACUGACGCGGCCGCCAAAACGCAAAGCGACGUCAAGAUGGCACACCAGAUGGCCAUGGCCGUGCAGCAGGAGCUGCGGAAGCUGCCCGGCAACAACAAAUGCGUCGACUGCGACGCGCCGUACCCGCAAUGGGCGACCGUGUCGUACGGCACGUUCAUGUGCCUCGAGUGCUCGGGCCGCCACCGUGGUCUUGGCGUGCACAUCUCGUUCGUGCGCUCCGUCACGAUGGACUCGUGGACAGACAAGCAGAUCCGCAUGAUGCAGCUCGGAGGCAACGACCACUUUCGCAGCGAGUUCAACGCGGCCGGCGUGCCCAAGACGCUUACGAUUGCGCAAAAGUACAACACGCCGCAGGCGGAGGCCUUCCGUGCUCGCUUGCAGGCGCUUGUUGAAGGCACGUCGCCGGCGCCAUUGCCGCGGUGGGAUCCAUCGCACAACCCGGCGGCGGCCUCAAGUGCGGCGUCGUCGUCGUCGCACGGCAGCUCGGACACGCUUGGCGUCGAAGCGCUCAAGGGCGAAAGCGAACAAGACUACGUUGCCCGGCAAAUGCGCCUGCGCGAAGAAGCCCGUGCCCGCAUGGCGGCCAAGUUUGGCUCGUCGGGCAUGCAAGGUAUUGGCAGCGGUGGCAGCGUCUCGAGCAGCAACCACAGCGCCAGCGGCGGCUACGGCGAUGUCACCGAAACCCUCGGCAGCGCGUUUAGUUUUCUCUCGACGACUGUCUCGUCGGCGGCGUCGUCGGCUGCGAGCCUCGUCAAGGAACAGGACCUCUCGACCAAGGUGUCGUCGGGCUGGAGCAGCGUCCAGUCCAAGCUCGCGGACCCGGAGCUCACAACGUCGGUCAAGUCGACGGCGUCGUCUGGCUGGUCGUUCCUCACGUCGACGACCAGCUCGCUGCUCAAGAACGCGCAGUCGCUUGUCGAUGCGUCGGCGCACGACGACCACGGCAAUGGCAAUGGCGGAAUGUUCCCUCGCACCAACCCAACGCUGCCGCAAACGAGCGCGUACGAAGGCAUCCAUGGUGGUGCGUCGUCGUCGUCGUUCAAGUCGUUCUCGCAGUCGUCGGCGACGCCACUGGAAGCGCCCGAGCCCAGAGCCGCGACGUUCCCGCCCGCGACGCCGCUCGACGCAACGCCCAAGCCCGAGCCAUUACCCAAGCCCGAGCCCAAGAAAGUCGUCAAGAAGGACGUGGAUUUUUUCGGCGAAUUUGGCAUGUAAUUAUCGAAGCACAUUGGUUUCGUC